AUGGCGCCGGCCAAUGCGAGACCAGGCACCGGGAAAGGCGUGCCGGUGCGGUCCGCGAAUGCGAAGGUGAAGCCUAUCCCUACACCAGCUGCAGGCGGCCAAGCGCUGAAAAACCGGCCGGGUCGGCCUGCAGGCAAAGCUAAUCCGAAGCAGAAGCAGUCACCUGAGCGGACUGUGGCGCCAAAGACUGCGCCGCACGUGCCUCCAAGGAGCGUGGGAGCAGCCAAGGCUGUCCAAACGCCUCCGCUGGCGUCCCCGGCUUCUGCUCAGUCGCGACAGAGGUCACCGGCCUCCGGCCCUGGCGGCCCAGGCCCUCAGGGGCCCCAGAGCCAGGAAAGGCCGCGUCCGAAAGUGCCGCAAAGGAGCUCGACAGGACAGCAGGCCGCAGCACAGCCGAGUUCGCGGCGCCCCAGCCUCCAUGAGCUCCGUGCUCCGCGAGAGGCCCUGAGGGAGCAGAGGCCGGUGGAGCGACGGCCUCCGCCUCCGCCGCCGGAGCCGACUGCGAGCCUCUCUGCAGUGUCCGCUUCCUCGGCGUCCCUGAGAUCAUCCUUUUCGGACGGCUUAAGCGGUAUCCAAGCAAAGGUGGCCAAGGCCAGUUCGGAGCCCCGACUGCCGACAUGUUUGGCAUACUUGGGCGUCCCGAGCCGCACGCCGCGAACUCCCGCCGUGCGGACCACAAAGCCACAGGGCCGUGGCCCUUCGAGCCCCUUGGUGGCCGAGUGGGAGCAAGCGAUCGGGGAGCGAGCUGCACUCUACCCGAUCUGUGCCAUGACACCCCAAGAGGCACAGGACUGGGGCGCACGGGGCCAGGGCCAGUCCCGCUGGCACCACGACAGCUCGCUGAUCAGCGCCGUGGUCUUCGGAAAUCCUACGUGCCAAGAGCGGCGGCGCACGCGGCCUGGCUCCGUGGAUCCGGGGCUCAAUCUGCCUGGGUGCGUGUCUGCGGGUCGCCCUACGUCUCGCUCUAGCGAGGGUCGUCGUACACCCCGGUCUCCCGCCUCUCCCGCCACACGGUUUGAAGACGACAGCAUUUCUAUUCGGUCUGCGACGGAGACCGACAGGUACACGCCUCGGGCUCGUAAGCGGGUUCCCGGCCUCUCCGAUUCCAGCACUGUGGUGGGAGAGCUCCUGUUUCAGAACUCGCAUGUUUCUCAAGAGGAGGCCGAGGCCCCCUUCUGGGAGGGCUGCGCUGGCCAGCCGAGCGAGGCUCGGGACAGGACGUCCUCGAAGCAGGUGGCCACGCUCUGGGACCUCCAGGGCUACGCAGGUUUGGGCUUAACGCCCCGAAGCCGCGCCAGCCGCGCCAGCCGCAGCGAGCCCGAGAGCCCCUCCUCGCGCUCCUCGGCCAUCGAGCCGACGAGGUCCUCCAUCCGGAUCAUCCGUGGUGGCUCCGAGGGCCACUUCCGCAUCCAGGAGGCCUCCCCACUGUGGCAAGGUGAUGCAGAAGAGGCCGAGCGGCCGAACAGCUACCGAUCCUUGCACGACGGGGCGGCUGGGAGGCGCACCUGGCGGGAGUCCUCCCACGGGAAGCGGAGCUUCGGCGGGGAGGAGGAUGACAUCUGCCAGCGGCACCCGAAUUCGGCUGGACAGGCCCGAUGCCGGUCACAGCAGGGCAUGCGCCGGCAGUUUCCAUCUGCACGUGCAAGACAGGCCAGCCUGGAUGACCUGGAGCCUCGACCUUCGCGACGAGGUAGCAUCCAGUCCAGCCAGGCUUCCGGCGAGCCGGAGCCCGGGCCAAGCCAGGCCGAGGUGCGGAGCUUCCGGGGGCGGACUGCGCAAGUCCCCAGUCGGCCCGACCUCCUCUCCCCGGAGCCGGAGAUCUUGCCUUCGCCCAGGCCUCGGGUGGCCAUCGAGGAGGGCGGCGGUCGGGGGUCCCCCUUGGUCGCGGACGACCUCCACCAUGUCCUGGCCAGGGCCCCAGAAUCGAAGCUGAAGAAGCAGAAGCGCGAGCUGACAGAGGCAACACGCAAUCUGGUGUCUGAGAGCAUCCACAACAGCCGGUUCUGCAAGCAUCUGGGAGAGCAGGUGGUGAACUCCUUGUGUGACCGCCUGGAAUUCUAUGCUUUCGCCGCCGGGGAUAUCAUCAUUCGCCAGGGGGAGCAGGGGGACCACCUCUUCAUUACGGAGGCGGGCGACCUGGAGGUGUCCAUCGAUGGCAAAGUGAUCAACUCCAUGGGCCCAGGUGAUGCCUUCGGAUGCAUGGCGCUGCUGUAUAACGUUCCGCGUUCCGCCACGGUGACAGCCAAAGAGGAUGCUGGCCUGUGGCUCUUGGGCGGCAGCUACUUUCGCAAACUGGUGCGCGAGCACUCAGAAAAGACCCAGAAGGAAAAUCUGCGGCUUCUCGAGCAAGUGCACGUUCUGGAUGGACUGUCCAACGCGCAGAAGUCGCAUGUGGGAUCGGUAGCGCUGCUCAACGAAACCUUCACAGCAGGGUCGGUGGUGGCAGAGUUCGGGGAGGAGUGCAAGCGGCUCUGGGUUGUGAAGAGGGGCACUCUCAGCGUCGUGGACGGUGGCGAGCGGAUAGGCAAGAAGCUGUCCGGGGGCGACAAGGUCCGCGAGGUCUGUGCAGGCGGCUGCUUUGGCGAGCAGUAUCUCAAGAUCGACGCCUCCAAGAGGAUCGAGGUAAACCUAGUUGCUGCAACUGACUGCGACGUGGUCUGCGUGCUGAUCGACAAGCUGGCAUCUCUUCUAGGUGAGGGGGAUGUGGCCCAGCUGCUUGAAAGGGCAUAUGCGACCAAGCUGCAGAGUACUGCUUCACCAAGUCAGAUGCUCUGCAGUUCCAAGGCCUACGAAUCACCGAAGGCCUCGGCGAAGAAUGCGCUUCGGCCGGAUCGCCUUGUGGCGGGCGAGACGGGGGGCAGGAUCGCGCUGGUCCCGCUCGAGGGCAUCGCGCGGAGUCUCUCGGGAGACAUGGAGUUGCCCGAGCCCGCAGAGUUGAUGGUCACCAUAAAGAUUCUGGAGAUUGCUAGUGAAAUUGUUGUGAUCCAUUCGGUCUGCUCCAUCUCCAAGGCUCUCGACUCCACGGACCCCUGGAGACCCGGGGAGAUCGUCUUUGACCAAGGAGAAGACGGCGACAAGUUCUACAUCGUCAUGUCCGGGGGAGUGCGUGUCGAUGUGGACGGAGUCUUGCUACGCGAGCUCGGCAAAGGUGCCUGUUUCGGUGAGCGGGCUCUGCUCUUCGACGAGAAGCGGUCGGGGAAGGUUACCGUCACAGAGCCGGACACUCGGUUCUGGGUGGGCACCCGGGAUGUCUUCGAGAAGUUCGUGACGAAGAACAUGAGAGACGACCUCCGGGAACGAGCGAAGCUCCAGGACUGGACGCUGUCGCUGAAGAACCUGAGGCACGUGCGGAUGAUCGGUGUUGGCGCCUUUGGGUCUGUGCGCCUUGUGGAGCACGUGAAGACUGGGGCACGAUAUGCUCUCAAGCGGAUCAAGAAGGAGGACGGCCAGGUCCCCAUGGAGAUCCAGGAGGAGUGCAACCUCCUUGGCAUGGCGAGCCAUCCUUUCGUCCUGCAACUCGUGAAGUCCUUUCAGACGGAGAAGAGCUUGUACAUCCUCACCGAGCUCAUCACCGGGGGGCAGCUCUACGAACAGAUGCGGGACAAGAUGGGCACCGCCAGUCGCCGACACGCCCAGUUCUACACAGGCUCAUUGGUCCUCAUCCUCGAAGCACUGCACCUGGCGGGCGUGGCCUACAGGGAUCUGAAGCCGGUGCCGCGGCUUCUGGGAGCUGAGGGGGGGGGGCUUUGGGCUUUCGGUGGCAUAAGAGCUUCUUUAAACGAGACCCUGUUUCAGGGCCCUAUAGUGCCCUCUAAGGGUCUCUAG